GUGUUGCAUUGAUCCCAUGACUAAAUAUUUCAGCUGCUACGUGAGCUGAAACACCCAAAUGUAAUCUGCCUGCAGCGAGUGUUUCUGUCCCACAGUGACCGCAAGGUGUGGUUACUGUUCGACUUUUCGGAACACGAUUUGUGGCAUAUAAUAAAGUUUCAUCGAGCAUCCAAGGCAAAUAAGAAAACUGUGAUGGCUCCAAAGGCAAUGGUAAAAUCUCUACUGUACCAGAUACUUGAUGGAAUACACUACCUACAUUCUAAUUGGGUUUUGCAUAGAGAUUUGAAACCUGCAAACAUUCUAGUAAUGGGAGAAGGUGCAGAAAGAGGCAGAGUGAAAAUAGCUGACAUGGGAUUCGCACGAUUGUUCAAUAAUCCACUAAAACCAUUAGCUGACCUUGAUCCAGUUGUCGUGACAUUCUGGUAUCGUGCUCCUGAGCUGCUCCUGGGAGCAAGACAUUAUACCAAAGCCAUUGAUAUAUGGGCAGUUGGUUGCAUUUUUGCUGAGUUGCUCACAUCUGAACCAAUAUUCCACUGCAGGCAGGAGGAUAUCAAGACAAGUAAUCCAUAUCAUCAUGACCAGUUAGACAGGAUAUUCAAUGUAAUGGGUUUUCCCCAGGAAAAGGACUGGGAAGAUAUCAAGAAAAUGCCAGAAUACAGCACUCUAGUGAAAGACUUUAAGCGAUCUAGUUACAGCACUUGCAGUUUGACCAAGUACAUGGAGAAGCACAAAAUACUAUCUAACAGCAGUGCCUUCAAAUUGCUGUCAAAAUUACUUACUAUGGACCCAGCAAAGCGAAUAACGUCUGAGAUGGCAAUGCAUGACCCUUACUUCCUGGAGGAGCCACACCGGACAGGAGAUGUCUUUGCCGGAUGUCCCAUACCAUAUCCAAAGCGAGAAUUUCUUACCGACGAUGACAACGAGGAUAAGUCCGAUACCGGAAAAGUACAGGAUCAGUCGAGCGCUCAUGCGCCCCCUGCAAAGCGAGUGCGAGUGGUGCCACCAAACACAACCUCCACCAUGUCCAGUGAUUAUCCGUCUCACAUGCAAAUGCAGGGAAAUCACCAAAACAUGCAGUACUCCAGUGCAAAUCAGCAGCAGCAACAACAGCAACAGCAGAAUUAUGGGCAGCGAUACUGAUCAGUGCGCUAACGUUUAACAGCAGUGUGCUUGUCCUAUUCGUCUUUGCUAUUUCAUGGAGUGGAAUAUGUGCCUCGAAAAGUUUAGUUAUGGAUUUGUGAGCGUAAUAACAGGAAGCUUAAAUGAACACAUCAUCUGGGGCGGGAUCUUCUGGUAUAUCAUAAGCUCUUGCAUACUAGGUAGCGAUGGCAUGAAUUACCAUGAUACAGCAAUCUGCUGUGCUAUCUUGAAUCUAGUUUGCUUUUGCAGCAUUCUCUAUUUGUGAGGUGCACUGCACCAACGAAACUAGACAAUACAAGUAACAGCGCAUGAUUAAGUGUGGUGACCAUCAACGUGUGGGUAACAAACGUCCGAUUCCACAGGGUUGUGAUUGUAUACACUGCAGACAUGAUUCAGGCGAUUGUAGUAAGGCUCUAUCUUCAUUGUAGUGUCAUAGUAUAUAUAUAUAUAUAUAUAUAAUAUAGCGUGUCUUAAGCAGGUUUUUAUUUUUAAUUAUGGAACAGCUAAAAUUUGUCUGUGACAUCAACUCGUGAUUGAAAGCUUGCCAGUAGGCGGGUUUAUGUAAAAAUGACUUUGAAAACGAAAUGUUGUUAUCUGCCCCGCUGAUAUGGCUCACCUCGAAAGCAGGCAUGUCCCCUUAUUAUGUGAACACACUGAAUAGGCAUUUUUUUAACAGAAACUACGGUAUUACAAGUUACGUAGAUCUACAGAAUAGCUAUGCAAAUGCAGAACUAUGUUGUUUUGCCUUUUGUUUCUAAGUCAUUUCCGAGAGCAAAGUUACAGAGGGACCCACGCAUUAGCGUAUAUAUAUAUAUAUACAUAUAUAUAUAUAUAUACAUAUAUAUAUAUAUGAUGCGGAUUGUUCGUUUGUUAUACUAUGUUUGCAAAUUAUUUCACUCUGGUGUAGUCGGUGUCUGCAGACGUAUUUUUCGUGAACAUACGCUUUUCUGCUUCUUCCCAACUCAUGGCUUUAUUGCCUCACUCUUCUCAUCAAACGACGCAGGAGUUAUGCAAAAAUAUUGUUUUAUUUUCCUAAAGUGCAUGUAAUAUAUUAACUAUCGUAUGUAUACUAUAUUGAUAUGUUGUGCUAUAAAUAAGUAUAAUAAAUUAAAACGACCUUGUUCUUUUUUGCA